UAAGGAAGUAGAAUGAACAGACAAACCCCUUGCCUUCAGAGUCUAAUAAGAAUGUAAAGUACCAGUACGGUAAAGUGAAAGGAGCAGUGCAUCCUCUAAACAAUGUAUUGUAGGGGGUAUUGUGCUUGAGUUACACUUGUAUCACUAUUUCAACUGACAAGGUCUGAACGCACUUCUGGGAAAUGGCUCAAAAUUGCCUCAAGUGCUUGAAAUACACCAUGUGUGUGGUUAACUUCUUGUGCUUUAUCUGUGGAACUGCAGGUUUUGGUUUUGGAGUGUUCAUGAUGAUGAACUCUAAGGUGUCGUCUCUCAUCCCAUCCCUGUCCUCCCUGAACAUUGCCAACAUGCUCUUCAUCACCGGCAUCAUCAUGACCUGUGUGUCCUUCCUGGGGUUCCUGGGGGCCCUGAAAGAGAACCGCUGCCUCCUUGUCACUUUUUUCAUCCUGCUGUUCAUUCUGAUGUUGGUGGAGCUGACUGCAGCCUUUCUACUGCUUUUAUAUGAGAGCAAGAUUGACAGCUUCCUACAGAGGGAUCUCACAGACAGUCUGGAGAAGUCCAGGGAAUCAGCUAAAGGUGGGAAUUCAACAAUGAGCAAGGGCGACUGGGACAUCAUUCAGACCAUGUUCCAGUGCUGUGGGGUCCAUAACUCAAGUGACUGGAAGGAUAAAGUGCCUGCGUCCUGCUGCUCCAAGACCCAAUGUGACAUCAAUCAGCCAGGUUGUUACAAUAAAUUGAAGGCCUGGUUUGAGGGGAACUCCCUAGCCACUGGAGUUGCUGUGAUUGUGCUCUGCAUUAUUGAGGUCCUGGGCAUGUGUUUUUCCGUGACUCUGUUCUGCCACAUAAGCCAGUCUGGACUCAGCUACAAAUGAUGAAAACAGUGUUUAUUUUCAUGUUUGUUUUUUUUGUAAAAUAAUUCCCUCUCGGUUCAUGCUCUCUAUGAUGUUUCAUUUCAUUACAUGCUAAAAGGUAGGCAGGCACUUUUUACAUUUUAGUCAUUUAGCAGACACUCUUAUCCAGAGUGACUUACAGGAGCAAUUUGCUCAAGAGCACAUCGACAGAGUUUUCACCUAGUCAGUUUGUGGGUUCGAACCAGUGUCCCUUUUGUCUUCUUAACAGCUAGGCUACCUACCUGCACUUUUGAAUGCUAUAUAAUACUAUUGAUACUGUGACUGCACUGACACAUUUUGUAAACAACCCAAAUAAUUCCAUAAACAUUGAGCUGUUAUUUCAUUUUAACCCCACAAUGAACCUGACUGAAAUUACUUUUCGAUCUUUGAAAGUACGCAGUGACUGACUGUGUAGUUACUUAUGUUAUUUGUGACAGCUGCUUCUCAACAUCACAUGGUUUCCUGUCACUAACUUUCAACCUGCUUUGUGAGUGUUCAUAUAACCACUAUUUUUAGCUUAUCUGAUGUAGCUGGUGGUUUCACAAUAUAACAACGAGGGCGAUGAAGUCGGAUAAAAGGAGCCUUUGUUAAAAGUCCUCUCUGAGUGAAAACGCAACCACAUUUUUUUGGGCUGGGUUGUUUGUGUUUGUAACAAGGAAAUAAAGGAUGAUAAAGUU